AACCCCGAGAGCGCGCGGCGCGGGCAGCUUGCUGUGCGCCCCCGCGGGGAGGCGGGGCCCCAGGCCGGCCGGACACGAUGAACUACCUGAAUGUGCUGGCCAAAGCCCUCUAUGACAACGUGGCCGAGUCCCCGGAUGAGCUCUCCUUCCGCAAGGGCGACAUCAUGACCGUGCUGGAGCGGGACACACAGGGCCUGGAUGGCUGGUGGCUCUGCUCACUGCAUGGGCGCCAAGGCAUAGUGCCUGGAAAUCGCCUUAAGAUCCUGGUGGGCAUGCACGACAAGAAGCCAGCAGGACCCGGACCCGGCCCACCCGCCACCUCAGCCCAGCCCCAGCCUGGCCUCCACGCCCCGGCUGCCCAGUACACGCCCAUGCUUCCUGCCACAUACCAGCCCCAGCCCGAUAGUGUCUAUCUGGUGCCCACCCCCAGCAAGACUCAGCAAGGCCUCUACCAAGCCCCUGGGCCCAGCCCACAGUUCCAGUCUCCCCCAGCGAAGCAGACAUCUACAUUCUCGAAGCAGAUGCCCCAUCACCCUUUUCCCAGCCCAGCCCCAGACCUUUACCAGGUGCCCCCAGGGCCUGGCAGCCCUGCCCAGGACAUUUACCAGGUGCCACCUGCUGCCGGGACAGGGCAUGACAUCUACCAGGUGCCCCCAUCUAUGGACGCACGCAGCUGGGAGGGGACGAAGCCACCAGCAAAGGUGGUGGUGCCCACCCGUGUGGGGCAGGGCUAUGUGUUUGAGGCCUCCCAGCCGGAGCAGGACGAGUACGACAUCCCCCGCCACCUGCUAGCCCCGGGGCCCCAGGACAUCUACGACGUGCCCCCAGUUCGGGCUCUGCUUCCCAGCCAGUAUAGCCAAGAGGUCUAUGACACGCCACCCAUGGCUGUCAGGGGUCCUAGCGGCCGGGAUCCGUCCCUGGAUGUGUACGAUGUGCCCCCCAGCGUGGAGAAGGGCCUGCCAUUGUCCAGCCACCGUGCGGUGUAUGAUGUUCCUCCGUCAGUGAGCAAGGACGUGCCUGAUGGCCCACUGCUGCGUGAGGAGACUUAUGACGUGCCCCCCGCCUUUGCCAAGGCCAAGCCCUUUGACCCAGCCCGCCACCCGCUGGUCCUUGCUGCGCCCCCUCCGGACGCCCUGCCGGCCGAGGAUGUGUAUGACGUGCCUCCACCCGCUCCUGACCUCUAUGACGUGCCCCCCGGCUUGCGGCGGCCCGGCCCUGGCACCCUGUACGAUGUGCCCCGCGAGCGGCUGCUUCCUGCCGAGGCGGCCGACGGCAGUGCGACCGACGACAACGUGUACGCAGUGCCACCGCCCGCCGAGCGGGAGGCCCCGAGCGAGGCCAAGCGGCUGUCGGCCUCCAGUACUGGGAGCACACGCAGCAGCCAGUCGGCCUCCUCGCUGGAGGCCGCUGGGCCGGGCCGCGAGCCGCUGGAGCUGGAGGUGGCCGUGGAGGCCCUGGUGCGGCUGCAGCAGGGCGUCGGCGCCACCGUGGCCCAGCUCCUGGACCUGGCGGGCAGCGGCGGCGGGGGCUGGCGCAGCGCUGCCGAGCCUCAGGAGCCGCUGGUGCGGGACCUGCGCACCGCCGUGGCCGCCGUCCAGGGCGCCGUCCACGAGCUGCUGGAGUUUGCCCGCAGCGCCAUAGGCAACGCCGCCCACACCUCUGACCGCACUCUGCAUGCGAAGCUCAGCCGGCAGCUGCAGAAGAUGGAGGAUGUGUACCAGACACUGGGGGCCCACGGUCAGGCCCUCGACGGUGGCCGGGGAGGCCCCGGGGCCACUCCCGAAGACCUAGACCGCCUGGUGGCCUGCUCACGGGCUGUGCCCGAGGACGCCAAGCAGCUGGCCUCCUUCUUGCAUGGCAAUGCCUCGCUGCUCUUCAGACGGACCAAGGCCCCCGUGCCGGGGCCGGAGGGGGGCGGCCCCCUGCACCCCAACCCCAUCGACAAGGCCAGCAGCAUCCAGUCCCGGCCCCUGCCCUCACCCCCUAAGUUCACCUCCCAGGACUCCCCGGACGGGCAGUAUGAGAACAGUGAGGGGGGCUGGAUGGAGGAUUACGACUACGUCCACCUACAGGGGAAGGAAGAGUUUGAGAAGACCCAGAAGGAGCUGCUGGAAAAGGGCAACAUCAUGCGGCAGGGGAAGGGACAGCUCGAGCUGCAGCAGGUGAGGAUGCUCAAGGUCACUGAGUUCCCUGGGCUCGGGCCGCUGGUGAGCCCAGCACCCUCCCCCCAAACCCACAGCCCUCCCUGCUCAACCGCUGACUGUCAACAUGAGUGUUGGAUUUCUGUGUGCGUUAUCAGAGUGAUUAUGGCAGACAUUUUGGGGAACACACAGAGAAAAGUGUAAAAAGGCAGGAAACAAGGCCCCGAGGCAGUGGGGGUGCCCUGGGGCUAGUUUGCAGCCCUGCUCCUGGUCUGGAGGGGCCUGUCUCCGUGUGUUUUCGAUGAUUCUACAUCUGCUUUUAUCUCGAGAUUGUUCCAUGGCAUUAAACAUUCCUCCUCAAUUGUUCUUAAAGGCCACAUGACAUCUCUUACUGUUGAGUGUUUACGUUGUACCCACUUUCCCUGAUUAUGAUUGUACUGCUGGGCUUACCUGCAGAUGUAGAAUUUUCUUCAUUCUUUGGAUCAUUUCCUGAGGGUAGGAAGGGGAUUUUUUUUUUUUUUUAAGAAAUGAGGUAUUUUAUUCUAAUUAUGAAGAUAAUAAAAGAUUAAAAUACAGACUAGCACAAAAUCAGCACAGAAAUACCACCCGUCAGGUUUUCCGUACCGCCCCCCCCCCCCGGGCACGGGGAAGGAUGGCAGAGGCCAGGAGAGCUUGCUGGCUCCACCCUGACCCUCACAAAGCCACCGUUUGCCCAGCGGUAAGGUGGGGAUCAUAGUGGGUCCACCUCAGGGUCAGUGGGAGAAUUGAGUAAAGAAUGUGUCAUACCGAGGAGGUGCCUGGCCCACAGAACAUACUCAGUAAAGGAAUAAAGGUUCAUAAUUAGAUGUAUCUCCAUCCAUCCGUCCAUCAUCUGUCCUUCUCACGUAUGGAAUCUCCACUGAUUUAAGAAAUGGACAUGUGCUUUAUCCUCUUUUAUCUUCUCUGGACUCUGCCAGCGUUUCUUUAUCCAGUCCCCUGUUGGUGGGACAUUUCGGUUAUUCCCAGAAGUACUUCUGUAAACAGUGCUGCGCUGAAUAUAAAUCUCUUCACUUGAUUGCUUGAUCACUUAGGUAAAUUCCUAGAAGCUGGAAGAAGAGACAGGAAUAUACACGGAAAACUCUAUAAAGAUCUAGCACUCCUCGACCAGGGACAGAAGUGCCUGUACAAUCCAGGCUUAUAAAAUGUGUGGACGCGCGUGUCGAUUGCUUCAUUUCCACAUCAGUGAAAAAUCGGGAACCCCCUGCCCCACAUGUCUACUGAGAAUAUUGGUUGAAUAAAUAAAAUACAAACGUUAAUAGAGUAGAAUAUUAGGUGGCUAUUAAGAAUUGCCAAAGAAUGGGGGCGCCUGGGUGGCUCAGUCGG